CUAAAACUUUUUAUCAAAUUUAAUGUCGCUCACAAAAGUACCUAUAAAUGACAAUGAUUAUAAAUAACCAGGGUCUUAGACACUAUAAAAUAAUGCUCCUUAAUUUCAAAAAAGAGAAUAUAAAAUGAUAUCAAAAGAGAAAAAGACAUAGUUGAUUCGAACUGUUCUUCUCUAGAAAUGCAAAAUUAAAAGAGUACUCUAUUUUAUUAUAUUCUCUUUAGAUUGCUAAGGAUCUCAACAUUAAUUAUGCUACAGCCAAAACAAUCCUCCACAAUUACAGAAAAAAAAAUAUUUAAUUUGAUCAAAAAGACCAUCUUAAAUAAGCUACUUAUACCAAUACCAAAAAAUUCUCCAAAUUGAAUCUCAAAAUAAUCCUCAAUGACAGAAUUUUGAAAUAAUAAGAAUACGUAUUACCAACAUAUUGA